AUGCUGAACUCCAAAGCCCUCACGGACCUACUCUCCCACAACCGAGAUGACCGCCUCUGCAAAAAGUGGUAUCUCAUGACUCCCAACGGCACCCUUCUGGCCUACAGUCAGCCCACCGACAUCAGCGACAUCCGCAAGCAAGCAGCCGUCGCAGCAAUCACAUGGCAGGAACACGAGCAUCAGCAGCAAUCCGGCUUCAACGGCGAAAUUCGGGAGGACGCUGAGCAGAGUCCGCUGCACGUUCUGAUUGUCGAGUCACAGACAUCCAACAUCAUCAUGCGCAAGAUCCAGAAUCAUUUGCUGCUUGUGCUCGAAGGCGGUGUUCCACCACGUCGAAGCGGCUUCGAGAGGAGAAUCACGGCGGAAAGCGCGGACGGCACCAACCAGCGACCAUCUCACGAAGACGAGGCUGUCUCGAUUCGAUCCGAUCACACGGGUAGCAGUAAAGUAGCCACGAAUGUCCUGAAACUGCAGCGGACGAAGCUGGACCAGCUCGCAGAAGCCAUCAUGGCCGACUUUCAGCAGACAGGCUUCAAGAUGCCAGAGGAAAGCUCUACGAUAGUCUUCUGA